UCACUACUAUUUAAUCCUACGAAAGUUGAAUAUUUUUUUAAAUAAAACUACUUUAUUAUGAUGCAUAAUAACUUAAUUUAACAGAUUUCCACUAAUUCAAGUCUGAAUUAUAAAUAAACACUCGAAAAUAACAAGUUAAAAAAUGAAGCUAUUUAAAACAACUAAACAACUUACGCUUCUCAAUUUUAACCAAUGAUUAUUCACAUUUUUAUAUAACAAUAAGGAACAGCAUAACUAAAGUUAAAAUGAAUGAAACAGAGCAUCAAAAUGAAACUAUUUGUAUAUUUGACCAGCCAUACAAAGUAACAUUACUUUUUCUUUUAAGCACAACUUCUGUUGUAGCAAUUAUUGAAAAUGUUUUUUUUUGUUUUGCUGUUUACUUCGAUAAAAACCUUCACUCAAGAUCAAAUAUUUUAAUUGUAAGUUUAGCUGUUACAGAUAUAAUUAUAGCCGCUAUUUUGCCUAACCUUGAAUCCGUCUAUUUAUACUUUUAUCCAUCAUGGCCUAUUGGUAGUCUGGGAACAAUUACCCUUAAUUUAAUAUGGAUUUUUUCACUUGUUUGCCCGUUUGUUACAGUAACAGCUAUAACGAUUGAACGUUAUAUUAUGAUUGCAGGUAAAUCAAGUUGGAAAGAUUUUUUUACAAAAAGAGCAUAUAUAUUCAUUGUGAUUUUCAUUUGGCUUUAUUCUUUUAUCUGUUGCUUAGUUACAGCCGUUACUAUGAUACCGGCACAUAAAAACGAAUAUGUUUGGAACGUGAAUUCAAUUCUUUACUAUAUUCUACUUGGUUUUCAUAUUAUAGUUCCUUUGUUGUUAUUACCUGGGCUUUAUUAUAAAAUAAAAAACGUUUCUCAAAAUUUUCUAAAAGAGCUUACAAAAGAAACCGAAAAUAACGUCAAUCUACGCAGACAAAGAAAAGAAAUGAAACUAGCGAAGACAAUUUUCAUUAUUAUAGGAGUUAUGUAUUUAGUAUGGUCUCCAGUAGUAAUUAUAGAAAUUUUGUAUAACCUUGAGUUUAAAGUGUGUGUUAUUUCAAAAAUUGGAGUGAUCAGUUUAUGGUUAACAUGCAUAAAUGGAUGUCUAAACCCUUUGGUUUACUCCUACAGAAAUGCAGAAGUAAAAAGGUUUGCAAAAAACGCAAUUAAACUUAUUGUAAGAUAUUCGUAAUAAUGAAAUAAAAACCUAUUAAUUGA